AUGCUCCAACAUCAACAACAGUCUGCGUCGGUAUCACAAGGAUACUAUGAUUACAAUCAGCCAAGUCCAAGCGGCAUCGCAAACACAGAUUCAUUGAACACUACGCCGUUUUCAGUUAAGGAUAUUUUAAAUAUGGUCAAUCAAAAUGAAGCGUACGACACAACUUACGGUCAUAUGGAGGGUCCUCUGCAUACUUCCACAUCAGCUUUUCCUACAGAAUAUGAAACACGUGUUUAUGAUGGACAGAACACAUUGACAUCAAUAGCACCGCAUGGCCAUAUAUCGACUGCGGCGGCAGCAUCUACAUCAUAUUAUUCAGCUUAUCAAGACUACGCAGCCCCGGCUAGCCAUCAAACUUAUCAAGCCUACAAUCCAAGUCAUCAUCAAUAUUAUAUGCCGCCCCCACCUACUGUAGCUACAUAUCAACCGCCAGGUUAUAGUGCGUCAGCAUCUCAAUCGAUGUUCAACUACAAUUAUCCAACGGAUCCGUAUAUGGGGUCGAAUAUAGCGCAACAUUGCAUGGCGACGGUAAGCGCAACUCCUCCUACUACGCAUGUUGAUUUGGCUAACAACAGUUUGAUUAAAAAUGAAUAUGUGCCCACCUCGUACGUAACACCAUCACCUACGUUGGACUUAAACAGUUCAAUAGAAGUCGAUGUCAAUGUAACUAAUAGUAACUCGUGUCAGAAGAAGGCAAACAACUCGUCAUUGGCCACAUCGACUUCCAUACACAGUCUAAUGGAAACUGCUAGUAAUACAGCUUCUCUUCGACAUAUAUCCAGCGGUCUUACGGACGCCGUAUACGAGCAAACUAGCCUCUUAUCGAUUUCAAGUGAUAGUAAUAAGAAAAAGGACAUUUCUCAGGUGACGUCUUCUAAAUCGGAAUUGCGUAAGAACGGUAAGCCUAGGUCGAAACGUAAGCCACGUGUACUCUUCUCGCAAGCUCAAGUAUUAGAGUUGGAAUGUCGUUUUCGCAUGAAAAAGUAUUUAAAUGGCGCCGAACGUGAAGCUAUUGCACAGAAAUUAAAUCUCUCACCGACUCAAGUGAAAAUCUGGUUUCAAAAUCGUCGCUACAAAUCGAAAAGAGGUGAAAUCGAUAGUGAACCGGCUUCAUUGAAAAGUAAAAUUGAGCCGCCCCCACAAAACAUUAAUAUAUGGAGCCAUACGCACACAGCACUUAUGAAUCAGCAAAAUUUAGCGCAUCAUCAUCAUCUUCGCCAUUCUUAA